UGCCCGCAGUCAUCCAGACGCACGGGGUUCGUAGACACAGACUUCGCCGUCAUCUGCGCUUUUCUUAUUUUUUUUUUUUGGACUGCAACUUGCCUAAGUUUGUCAGCGGGCAGCGCCUUCUGGUCGAAGAACCCAUUUUGACUGCAAUAUUACACCUUUAUUUUAUUCCUGAAGCAGACGGUGAGGAAUUUUUGGUUGGAAACCAUCCUUGCCGUCUCAUUAGAAAAGAGCUAUGAUCACUAGAAGAAGAGGCCGCACUGCCAACAGCUGUGAGGUGCAGCCUGUGGAGGUAGAAGUGACCGAUGCUGCAGAAGAUCUCCCAAGUCCAUCAGAGGGAUUUCCAGCUGAUGACCUGGACACAGCUGGAAUGGAGCUUGAAGACCUACUUGGAAUAGAAGACUUGAAUUGGACAUUUGAGCGAGACACAUCCUCCCCUCUUUUUGAUAUCGGGUUGGCUGACUUGGGUGUGUACAGUGCCAAAGAGCAAGACUCUGGGAUAGAAGCCUCAACAGCCUCCUCUCCAGAGAGAAAUUCAUCUGAUCUGAAGAGGAACAGGCAAAGCCAGUCUAGUUGUGUGAUCAACAAAAACGCCAUCGCUGCCAGAUUGAAUCGUCUUAAGAAGAAAGAAUAUGUGAGCAGCCUGGAGAAGAAAGUCGGUGUUCUGUCAACAGAAAACAACACACUUAAACAGGAAAAUUCUCAGCUGACCAAGAGAGUUGAGGAGCUUGAAGAUGAAACCAGGUACCUGAGGGCUGUGCUGGCCAAUGAGAGCAUGUUAGCCCAGCUCUUGUCAAGACUGAGCGGUGUGAAUGGGAUGAAAUUAUCCUCCUCACUUUUCCAGGGGUGCGACUCAAAUGAUCACGACUAUGCCUUACCCAGGAAACGGGUGAAAGUGGAGGAGAAAGAGACAUCUGGAGGCGUGUGUCUGCAUGUGGACAAGAACCAUGUCUCAGUGGAGUUCUGCACAAAAUGUGCAGAGAGUGCAAGCACAUCGCUUAAAAUGUAGGGUCAAGUACUUACUGUAUCUUUGAUCUCAGAUAUUGAGACUGAACAUGAUUUGACUCAGUAAACUGAGCUCUGUGAGGAUGACAGAACACUGUUGAAUUAGUUAAAAUUACCUGAGAACUGCUGAAUAUGCAUGUAUUUAUGUGUGAUGAGAUUGAGUACAUGUUACUGCUAAACCUUGUUGACAGUUUCUUCUAGGUAAUGGUUGAUCUACCAAGCGAGAUGAGUGGCUUUCUGAACACCUUUACCUGCUUGACUCCAUGUGGAUUCUGCUGGUGGAAGUUGAAGAGGCUGGACAAGCUGCUGUCAACGUGGCCUGGUAUUUUUGUAAAGGUAGUAUCGGUAACGAAUGGUAUAUGUGAUCUUAUUUCACCAAUACUCCACAGUAUCUUUAGCUCUUUGUCAUCGCAGCUCAU